UGAUUUGAGAUUGAGCUCAAACUCGAAAGAGAUAAAAUCGAAUAUUUUUCAAACCAAACGCAAGUUAACUCAACUUGUUUAUAUCCACAGUACAACAUUUUCUUUUCCUGCGCUUUCUUAUCAUUUUCUUUAGAAAACAAGCCUGAAAGCUGAAACCCUAACAAAAGAAACAGAGAGAAAAAAAAAAAAAAGUCAUCUCCAUGUCUCUAGACUCUCACAUAGAGAAGGUCCUUUGGACCCAAGACCAGAUCCUGGACCGAGUGGCCCAGAUCGCUUCUCAAAUUACCCAUGAUUUCCAGGCAGCGCCCGACCCUCCUCUGAUUGUAGGAGUCGCCACCGGCGCUUUCUUGUUCUUGGCCGAUCUUGUCAGGGGAAUCCAACUCCCCAUCUCGGUUGACUUGGUUCGGGCUCAAUCUUAUGGAUCUGGUACUCUCUCUAAUGGAGCUCCAACCAUUUCCUUUGACUUGAAGUUCGAUGUUAAGGGCAAACACGUCAUUUUGGUUGAGGAUAUUGUUGAUACAGGGUGCACUUUAUCCUCUCUCAUUGCACACUUGGAAUCAAAAGGAGCAUCUGCUGUAUCAGUUUGUGCUUUUCUUGACAAACCAGCAAGACGGAAGGUUCAUAUCAAGCUAGUUGGUGAUGGAAAGUUCUACAAAGGAUUUGAGUGUCCAGAUUAUUUCGUUGUAGGUUAUGGUAUGGACUUUGCUGAACUAUAUAGGAACUUGCCUUAUGUUGGUGUCUUGAAGCCCGAACACUACAAGUGAUUUGAUUCAUCUCCAGCGUUUUUAGUAGAUGAACAAUUCAGGUCAUAGGAUUCAAGAAGCAGCCCCAUAUUAAUGUUGAACUUUUAUACUUGUAAACAAUUGUUAUUAGUUUGGGGUAUAGAUUUGCAUUACUUGCUUUAAAAGCCUAAGUGAUUGUAACCAAAGAAAAAUAUUUGUAGGAAGAACAAAAAUGUACUUGUUCUUCACUUAUAUAGUAUCUUUGCCAAUUUAUA